UUUUAACUUUGACGAUACAACUUAUUGACAACAUUUGGUCAUUUUCAGUAGCUUCAAGUAUAGACUGUUCAGCAAUCGGAGAUAGUUGCGGAACUUGUACAGUACAUUUAGAAUGCGGGUUUUGCGUUAAAGAUCAAAAAUGUGUUCAAGGAGGUUGGAAUGGACCUUUCAAAAAUCCAUCAAUAUGUCAGGAAGAUAGAUUUGAAUAUCAAUUUGGACAGUGUUUUACGCUUAUAUCAAUAACAUCGGCACUAGUCGGUAUACUUCUGCUUCUUUUAUCGUUAUGUCUCUGUUGUUGUUUAUAUCGAUGCUGUUGUGCUGCAACAAGAAGCAAUCACGUUGGCGCAGACGAAGAAAGAAACCCUUUACUGGGUGGGGAAUCGGCAGCCACGCAUCAUUUCCGUCGUGCAUCAUUUUACAAUUAUAAUCGUAAUCGACCGUUCGAAAGACGUGGUCGUACUCUAAGUACCGGGACUGCGAACAGUACGAUGCAGUACGGACGAAAUUGGCGAAAUACUGACGAGUAUAUGUACGGAUAUGGAGGCCCGUCCAUGCUUUGGGAAAAUGACCAUAACCCUCCACCUACAACUGUCGAGGAUUUCUCGAUAGGAUCGCAUGGAAACGGGAGUACGGGCGGUGAAUGGCGAAGAUGGGAGAAGAAAAGAGAAGAGCUAUUGGCAAAGUAUGGAAGAAGUAGUGAUGCUUGA